CAUCCCGUAAUAGGUCACAUUUCACUGUAGUCUCAGCAUCCGUCUCUCGCCCUUUACAGCAGAGGAAUCGAGACAUCACACAAGCGGAAUAAUGGUGUGGAUGAACGAUCUUGCAUGUCUUCUCCUUCCGUUGAUGAUCCUGGUUCGGAUUUCCAUGCAGGUGGACGUUAAGAACGGGAAAGACGCCGAGACAACGGGGAAUUUCAUGGAAGAUGAACAGUGGCUGUCUACCAUUUCCCAGUACAGUCGCAAAAUAAAGCACUGGAACCGCUUCAGAGAUGAUGAUUACAUCAGAUCAUGGGAUGAAAAUCAAGGCUCAAAUGAAAAUGUGGACACCACUAAAGAUCCCUGCCAGAAGGUGAAAUGCAACAGACACAAGGUGUGUGUUGCCCAGGGCUAUCAGCGUGCUGUGUGCGUCAACCGCAAGAAGCUGGAGCAUAGGUUGAAGCAGCAGGUCAUUAGUCAGCAGCAAGAGAACAGCUGUAAACCAUGUCCAGCGUCGUCCUCUGGUCCAGUUUGUGGCUCUGAUGGACAUAACUACGCCUCUCAGUGCAAACUGGAGCAGCAGGAUUGUCUCUCAGAAAAGGAGUUGAAAGUAAGAUGUGCUGGUCUCUGCCCCUGUACCGCCACCACUGCACCUGCUACAGAUGUGGACAGCAAACAUGAGAAUUGCACAGGGCAGGACCUGGCAGAUCUGGGAGAUCGCCUGCGGGACUGGUUCCAACUGCUCCAAGGCAACAGCAAGCAGAACAGCACAGGGAAUCCUGCAGCCAGCUCUGCAUCAAUUCUGGACCGGACUCUUGUUGCAUCCUGUAAGGACUCUAUUGGCUGGAUGUUCUCUAAGCUGGAUACAAACAAUGACCUGUAUCUGGACCAGGCUGAGCUGGCUGCCAUUAAUCUGGACAAGUAUGAAGUGUGCAUACGGCCCUUCUUCAACUCCUGUGACUCUUACCACGAUGGCAAAGUCUCCACUGCCGAGUGGUGCCUCUGCUUUUGGAGAGAAAAGCCUCCCUGCCUGGCUGAGCUAGAGAGAAUCCAAGAGAAGGAGGGAGCCAAGAAGAAACCAGAUACAUACAUUCCCAGCUGUGAUGAGGAUGGCUUUUUCAGGAAGCUGCAGUGUGACAAGAGCAAAGGGGAGUGCUGGUGUGUGGACCAGCAUGGAGGAGAGUUAAUGGGCUCCAGAAUCCAUGGCAACCCUGACUGUGAUGAGUUGGUCAUGUAUUCGGGUGAUUUUGGUAGUGGGCUUGGAUGGGAGGAUGAGGAGGAGAAGGAGGCGGAGGAGAACGGCGAGGAGGCUGAGGAGGAAGAAGGGGAGGUGGGGGAGGUAGAUGACGGUGGAUACAUUUGGUAGAACGAAACAACAAUUUCGCUUUGUUCAAUGUAGCUUUCUGUGGCCCAUCACUACAGAGGCAGCUCUAUCUUCUGACAUUAAAUGGUGGACUCUGGAGGGUGGGUCAUCUUUAUACUGAGCUCCAAACAGCAUUGAC